AUGAAUCUCACUCUGUUCCCCAAUGGAUUUACUUACGACGGGUGCAUGGAUUUUCUCACUGACGGCUAUCAAGAAGUGAUCGAAAUCGCUACAACAAUUCUGCGACCGGAACGAUUCUGUAGUUUGGAACUUGGUUGGUGUGAACUAAACGAAAUGCCUAACAUUAUGCAUUGUCUUUACGAACUCUGCAGAGAAUCUCUCAGCGAUACCCCACAAUCGGAAUGGUUAUGCUCACUAAUCCCAGAUACUCCUGAUAUGGCCUAUCAAUUCUUAAACAUCCAACAGACGAAACCUAAGAAGGCCUGGAAGCCGUACCAUGACAAAUUUCUCAGAGAAUCUCCUCGAGACGAGUUGUAA